GUGGGACACGGUACCCGCAUUUUGUCUGCAAACGAGUUCAAUCGUGCUGUACGCCCUGUACUAAGAACGGAACACAUGGCCGCCGCCGGCGACGGCGGCGAGUCCCACUGCCGGGACGCGCUCCGCGAGGCCUUCGGUGACUCGUCGGGCAGCGACUCCGACACAUCGGCCGGUGUUAGCCUCGGAGCGGGCCGCGGGCACUGGAGGUGGGAGCCGGUGGCUGGGGUCAGGGGCCUGUGGCUCUGCGCUGCCUUCCUCUCCGCCGACGAGCAGGCGCGCCUCCUCAGUGCGAUCCAGCGAGAAGGAUGGUUUGUUGAUGCAAACAACCAAGCAAUGAGAUUCGGCGAUCUCCCUUCAUGGGCUGUUGAACUUUCUGCACUUAUCCGUGAAGCUAUCUGUGUUGGUGACGCCAGUGUUGGUCUUGAUGCAGAGGUGACAAACGAGGAUGAAGAUGCAUGUCCUCUGCCAUCUGAUUUGUUGUGGCGGGAGCCAUUUUUUGAUCAGAUGAUUGCAAACAGAUACAAGCCAGGUGAGGGUAUCUGUGCUCAUGUUGACCUGAUGCGCUUUGAUGAUGGAAUUGCAAUAGUCUCUCUCGAGUCAGCUUGUGUGAUGCACUUCAGUCAAGCAGAACCAACAAGGGGAAGUGCAGCCUCUGACAUCCUGAAGCAAGGGGAUGUUGAAUCUACAAAGGUCCCCGUUUUGCUGAAACCAGGCUCCCUUGUUCUCAUGUCCGGCGAUGCAAGGUAUCUCUGGAAGCAUGAGAUCAACCGCAAACCAGGCAGACAGCUAUGGGAUGGCAGGGAACUUGAGCAGCACAGAAGAACUUCUGUUACACUGAGAAAACUCCUGCCUUCUACAGACUAAAAUGGUCAUGACAGUGAACAAUUUGUUAAACCUUUGUGGUUCCAAGCCACUUUUGCAGUUACAGAGCAGUCAUUUUUUUUCGGUGAGGCAUGUCAUGGAAAACUGUAAUAUGCUGUUGCUAAAGACAGCCAUCAUUGGACAACAGGAGUAUUGUGCAUGCAUCAUUUAAGUUCUAUUCUCCUUUUCGAACUUAAGCAUGCUUACAGAGUUACAGUUGUGUUUCUGAACAAUGUCACAGGAAGCCAUCAUGGUAUGUAAAUGCACCUCAAAGCAACAUAAAAGUAAUAGACAAGGCUUACGCUCCCUAACAAGGAUUCCACAUGACAACUGGCUUGUUGGGAGAGUGAUCCAUCACAACUCACAUGGCAGAACUAGUCCAACUAAUACUAGUCCUAAAUUGAAAAUAAACAAACACCAGCUGAUCCUUUCGUUUCAGGAGAAAAAUGAAGUUCACACGUCUUCCUUCCAGGUGCCAAACUAGGGGGAAUGAGCACAUCACUUGGUUGGUUCAGGUGAGAAAUAUCAAACUCUUGAUGGAUGAGCAUCAUGCUGCAUGUGCCAAGCAGGGACAAGCACAUGAAGAUGUCCAUAUUAGAAUAGCGACAAUAUUUGGGAGACCAAGCACAGGCAGGUACUGAGUUCUAUCCUCAGCUUCAAUGUGCCUAACAGGAAAUCUGGGUGAUGGAGGAAGGGCAAUGGCAUGAAAACCAUGAAUCUUUUAAAGCAGCAUUGUAUAUAGUUCUAUACUAGCAAGAACUAGCUUGUGUCCCCUCAAAAAGAAAAAGAACUAGCUUGUGUCACAGUCUCACAGAUCCAACAACUUCAUGUUAGCGCAAGAGUAACUUUCAUUUCUUCCCACAUGGCAAUAGUAAUAACAACAAAAAUUCCAGUAUCUUAUGCCUUGGACCACAAUCUUUUUUGAC